AUGGAUCAACAACUCCCUCUCUCUCCGCCUUCUGAGCCAACGCCUUCUCCCACAGCCAAGGCGGUCCCGCAGGACUCCCCUGUCCGCACCACUGCGAUUCACGAACUGCUACCUGAGAUUCGAAUUCCGGGCGAACCAUUACCGCCGCACAAAUACCAUCCGGUUACUUGCACUCCCAUCGACGAAGAAGAAAUACGCUCCCAGAUUGAACAACUACGCCAGGAAUAUCCGACACCAGAAGCGGCUUUGAAGGCGCAAGAAGAAGCUGCCAGGGAAGUGAGGCAAAAGCUGGAAGAUGCCGAGAAGAAGCGCGAAGAAGUGCAGAAAGCUAUGGACAAGAAGAUCAAGGAACGCAACACAGAGAUGAAGGUCUUGUCCAAAUACCAGGAAGUCAAGACUUCGAACAUUGCGUCUUAA